AGGGAUUAAAAAGGGUAUAAUGGCUCAGAAAGAGUGGUCAGCUGAAGGGAUCACCAGAUUCUUGAGAUCCAAAGAUACAUCCAUUGAAGAUAUAAUCCAAGUUUCAAACGAUUUAUUGGAUGAUAAGCUGGAUGUUUACUUGCCCAAUAAAGUUAUUUUUGUAUUCGAAUUACUGUGUGAUAGGUUAGGUGACAAUAAAUACAAGAAAUAUAGAGUGAAUCCUGAGAUAUGGUUACUUUUCAACAAAACAUGGACAUUAUUGGAUUCUCAACCAAAGAUUAGAAAUCGUACUUUCCAAGGGUUAAGGUUCGGUGAAGCACUAGCAUCUGCAUUAAGUCAUACUGAAAGUUCCAAGCAAUUUUUGGAAACCAUCACAACUACAAUCAAUUUUGUCAGAUUCAAUUCAGUAAUCAGUAAUAAUGUAUUUGACUUCUCACUAGACAUAUUGACUCAAUACUUGGAAUUAUUGAACAAACUUUCAGAUGAGCUAGAAGAAGAAGAAGUUUCUAUAAAAGUCAAUGGGAUAUCUUCAUUUCUACAAUCAAUAAUAAGUACAGAAAAGACAUCUAAGAAAUUCACAACUAAUUUUGCAUCAACUUCAUUACCAUCAAUAUUGAGAUUGUCAGAAAAAAGACAACAACAAUACCCACAAUUGUUAGCAUUGAUCAAGAAAAUAUUAUUGUCCAAAGAGCAACAAGAAUCAUUAAUACCGAAUUUGGUAUCACUCAUAAAUACGAAACCUUCAACAGGCGCCAUUGUUAAUUAUUAUAGAAUCAUCAUUGACACAAUUUCCAAGAAUGACAUUGAAUCCGCUGAAAAGAUGUUUACUUUAAUUACAGAAAAGCACCCAACUGCAUCUGAGCAAUUAUUAGGAUAUCUUUCAAGCAUCAAAAGAACUUUAUCCCAAACAUUUCUGGAUACUAUUAUUGACAAGGAGUUUUCAAAUAAUCAACAAAAUUGGAACCUGGUAUCUUCUGUUGUGCAAUUGGAUAUUGAAAUUGGUAUCAAGAAUUCAGAAAAGAUAAUGACAAGUCUCGAGGAACAAGUUUAUGAAGAGGAUUUGAAACUUGGUGAACAGCUAGUGAACUCUUUCAUAAGAGCUAGAGAACUUGUGAACUUCUUUGAAUUAUGGCUAAAGGUGAUCAAAGCUAAUCCAACUUCAAGAUGGUUGAAAUCGGAAUUCACUGAAGUUGUCUCUCAUAAUAUUCAUGUUUUAUCAUUUUCACAAUUAAAGACCUUGAUUGAUCUUUUGUUAUCAUCUGAUGUUGAUGUUGCAGAACUCACUUUAUUAAAUACUGUGGUUCAAGGUUUGUUCAAAACUCAAGAUACAGUACUUGUGCAACAAGCCAGAGAAUUAUUCAGUCCAAUUUGGAGCAUUAACCAAGACCAGGAUCAAUUGUGGUAUCUUAAAUUCCAACUUUUAUGUCUUUAUGAAGAUAUUUUGGACUCUAGUGGAUUUGAAAAAAUUAUCAAGGAUUCAAAAUCUCCAAAAAAUAUUAAUCAUUAUUAUACAUUGUUCCGUACUAGAGAAAUUUUUGAAUAUGAUAUUUCACCACUUGCACCAAAAUUUCUAAGUUUCUUGAAGAAAUCAAAACUAACAUCUGAAAUCUUGCAAACUGUAUUCACUCGUUGGUUUGUGCUUGUAAACUUGUUAUUUACAAGUGAACAAAUUGAGCAGAUUGUUGAUUUAUUACUAUCUGAUGUGAAUUCUGCAUCAAAGAUAUUUGAAAAUGAUUUAUUAUUUGAACAACAAAAGAUUACAGAAACUUUAAUCAAUCAAAUCAGUUCUUCUUUCAGCGAUAAGAAAGCUGAUAAAUCAUUUAAGAUCCAAGUUUUGCAAUUGAUUCCAAUACAAUGUUAUCCAAGAAGAUUAAAAUCAUUGAUACUUGAUCAAUUAGUUGACGAAGUUUUAAGCAAGCAUUCAUCAAACAAGCAAAUUAUCCUUGAAACAAUUCAACACAUUUUACAAACACCUACAUUCAGAUCAAAGAUUGAAUCAGACAUUUCAACAAUUUACAAAAUUGUGGACACUUUCCCAGAAACCAACCUUUUUGAAAAAAUAUGGCCUCAUUACAUUCAACAAAUCAAAGAAACAACAAGUCAGGAUUUCAUAAGUUCUAUAAUUGAUCAUGUUACUCAAUCAUUUUCUCAAAACAAGAGUAAUAAACUUUCUUCAUCUUUUUACAUUGGAUUCACAAUUUUGUCAAACCCUCCAUGCACUGAUGCUUCCAAUGUAUUGGAAUUGAAAUCUGCAUUUGUCAAUGCAUCCAAGAGGUUAUUAAAUUCAUUCAUUGAUAAGUCCAAAGGUAAAAAUUCAGAAAUAUCAUGGUUAUUAAAUGUCUUGUACCAAUUAAACCUAAGUAUUGAAGAUUUCAAGUUGUUGAAACCAUCAAUUCAAAAUUUCGGUAAGCAAUUGACAGAGGGUGAUAAUGUCGCAAAAACAAAUAUUUUCUUGUUGUUUUCAAAAUUUCCACAAACUGGUGAUUUUGCCAUUGAAUAUUUUGAAGCUUUAUACAUUGUCCUAAGGGAUUCAGGGAUCUCCAGUGAAGAAUUGUUGAAAGGUUUAGGAAAUGUUGUAUCUUCAUUAACCCAAGAGGAAUUUUCAAAAUCUUUUAAAGUAUUGAUUGAAUCAUUCAAUGAUAAUAGUGACAAUUCAUUAUACUUUGUUGAAAUCUUGUCAAUUUACUGGAAAUUCUUCCAACGUGAUUCACCAGAUUCAAUUAAAUUCUUCAUCAAUUCCCUUUCAACUGUUUUACUCAAUUUCCAUAAAAUUUCUCAUUCACAAGGUUUAAUCCACAUUUUAAACUCCAUCAAAUCAUUACUCGUUGAGAAAACAUGGAUCAUCACACAAUAUGGAUUAGAAUUAAUCAUAACGUUAUUAUCCAAAACUGCAGAUUCACUACUCAUUUCCAACAACAUCCAUAGUGAAGAAAUUUACCAAUCCCUCACAACUACACUAUCCACCAUAUUAUUGAUCCAGAGAUACAGAUUGUCAAAUCGUCAUCAUCUAAUCAUUUCACUAUUCAAAUCAUUAUUAGCAUGUUUAUCAAAACGUCAACAUAAUGGGGUCUUAUCCAGUUCCAUCAAUGCAGGUGAGAAGUUUGCAAGAGUAUUGACAAAUCUAUGUGAACCUAGCCAACAUAGUUUCAAAGAAGCUUCUAAUGGAUUAAACUCUUCAACUUCAUUGGCCAAGAAGGCUCUUAGAAAGCAUUUAGCAGUGUUGUUAUUAUCCUAUAUCUAUUUUGCACUGAAGUAUUCGUUUGAUUCACAUGUUAGAGAGGCUAUAUUACCUGGAUGA